UCAACUCAAGAAAAAAUGUCGUAUACUCAAACUUCUGAAAUAUCAGAGGAAUGAAGAGCUCUUCCAAGACGGUCGUCGCUGAAAAUUCAGUCAUUUCUCCGAUUCUAUUCAUCACUAAAGUAUUUAACCUAAAUCCCUCUAAUUUAUGGUUUAUCCACAGCACAUGAGCUGGGCCAGGCCAGGCCAAUCAGAUUUUCAGUUUCGAUUCUGUCUCACACCUCCAUUUCCAGCCUCCCGAGGGAAGGAAGAAUCUCUAAGAUGGUGUACCAAUGUACUAAUCUCGUGGCAGCUCAACCGCGUCCAUUGUUGCUUCAAUCGCAUAAUUCGCGCCUGAGCAGGGGAAUGCCAGCUAAAGGGAUAUCCAAUUGCCGUCGUGAGCAUUCUAUAGUGAUCAAUUUUGGUGUUAAACAAGCAAUAUCAGGUCUUGCAGCAUCAAUAGUGUUGCUAACCGAGACAAACUUGGCUGCUGCUUCAAAUAUAUAUCAUGAAAAUACAUACCAGCUUGCGAGUGCAGCAGAUGAAAAGCUGGUUCUUCCCUUGGACAAUGAUGAAGGAAAUGGAAUGAUGAUGAUGAUGAGAGGUAUGACUGCGAAGAACUUUGAUCCAUCAAGAUAUGCUGGAAGGUGGUUUGAAGUUGCUUCUCUAAAACGUGGAUUUGCUGGGCAAGGGCAAGAAGAUUGCCACUGCACUCAGGGAGUUUAUACAUUCGAUCAGGAUACACCUGCUAUCCAAGUUGAUACCUUCUGUGUUCAUGGUGGACCGGAUGGCUAUAUCACAGGUAUUAGAGGUAAGGUUCAAUGCCUUCCCGAAGAAGAUCAAGAUAAAAAUGAAACGGACCUUGAAAAGCAGGAGAAGAUCACACAGAAGUGUUACCUCCGGUUCCCUACUUUGCCAUUCAUUCCCAAGGAGCCUUACGACGUAAUCGAAACAGAUUAUGAUAACUAUGCCCUUGUUUCAGGUGCCAAGGAUAAAAGUUUUAUUCAGAUAUACUCCCGGAAGCCAAACCCGGGGCCAGAAUUCAUCGAGAAAUACAAGUCUUAUUUAGCAACUCUCGGGUAUGAUCCGAUCAAAAUCAAAGACACGCCUCAGGAUUGCGAGGUGAUGUCAAACAGUCAGCUCGCUGCAAUGAUGUCCAUGUCUGGGAUGCAACAAGCUCUCACCAAUCAAUUUCCAGAUCUACAACUUAAAGCCCCCGUCGCCCUCAAUCCAUUCACUAGUGUCUUCGACACCCUUAAGAAGCUCGUCGAGCUCUAUUUCAAGCAGUAGUGGGCAGAACCCACUGCCAUAUAAACCAUUCUGUAUGUAUUCUACUCAUACAGCUAAUCAUCGAUUCACAAUGCAAUCUGAAUUCAGCAUUAAACACA